UCAUGCCAAAUGGAACUUGCGCGAGAGAUUGCAGGAGUGCAUGAUGUGUGUAUGAUGAUCCCGGCGAAUUCGGUCCACAAGGAGCCUGACCAUCUGCUGACAGUUUCCACAGCAAUGGAUCUGAUGGCAGAUCAGAAAACCAGAACAGAGGAUGAACGUGGAAAAGAAAUGGAAAGGAAAGGUGGAAAUAAAUGCUCUUUGGUAAGAGAUGGGGAGGUUCUUAGCGAGGCCCCAGUCAGUGUCCGGAAGCUGAGCGUCAUUCCAGAGAACGAGCCAGAUCCAGGGAAAGCUGACACAGACCAGGCCUCCCAUGAUCCUCAGCUGCCCAGGGAGAAGGACAGCUCCACUUCUCUUUUCACUGUGAACAAGUACAGCAGGAACUCCUCCUCAUCAGACUCUCUCUCCACCUCCUCUCAUCAGACUGACACAGGAGCUGACUGUGCAGGGAUUGUCCUCAACUGCCUCUUCUGUAGGUUCUACGAUCUGUUCCUUAUGUUGCCAAACUCCUGUGAUGAAGUCACUUAUUGCUGCUGCCCUUCCUACAGACAGUACUCCUCCUCAGUGGAGGCCAUACCUAGCAAUGACUGCAACUGUAACUUUGACUUUGACUGUGGCCUGUUUGACACCUGUCAAGAGACAGGUGAGUUUCUGGAGCUGGCUAUGGAGCUUUCUGAGAUCUGUUAUCGCUAGCUAUCCUUAACGUUAUGGGCUGAAGAACAAGGAGGCUAAGCUAGGGCGAACCUGAAGUCAUGGCACAGCAUAUGUUCAACAAAUAGGCCUAAGAAUAUGCUGCUAACAUGGGGACCUGGACUGAUGUUGAACUGGGAAUGUACAAGGCUUUAACAGUCAGCCACACCUUGCAGUUAAGAGAGAAUGGCUGCUCUUCAACCUCUAUGAACAAAAUAAAUAAUCCUUUUCAUCAUGGACUUGCAUUCACUGAAGGAUGGUAGAGGGGUCAAACCAUGACCUUUAGACGGGUCAAACCAUGACCUUUACUAGUUACCUUGUAUCAGCACGACAUUGACCUAGCUUGUUGCAUGUGUAGUAUUGUAUGUGUUAGCAUAUCUAAGCCUAUGUGUGCUGAGGUCCUAACUGCAGAGAACAGUGAGGUACACAGUGGACAAUGCCUGCUCUGAGGGUUGUGGAUUCCACCCCUGAAGUGUUGUACACCAACAGACACCUCAGCUUCUGCAUGUCAGUUCCCUUUUCUUUUUUUCUGAAAUGCAAAAAAAAUCUUAAAGCCUUUCGUGUUCACAGGUCUAUUUCAAUAUAGUGUCAUUGUUACCACAGAAACAGUUGGAGAUGGCAUGUCUAGGACAUGUCUAGGACACUCGUCCCAUCGAACUCUGUUCGUGAAGAUGGUCCUCUCAAGUGGCGGCUGACUGUGUGGAUCACUUCAAUCUGAAAUGGGUCCUUGUCAUAUAAUAGUACAUGGACACUGGAGUAUUGGUGGGUAUCUCACUCUCUCCAGGUAAAGUACACAGCAAGAGCAGCAUGAAGUAAUGCAUCAUCUGUUUCUCUGGGAGGUCAAGCAGACAGGGCCCGUCUACUCUUCAUCACCAUGGACACCGAGGGUUAUUAUUUUCUCUGGGAGGUCAGGCAGAUAGGUCCCGUCUACUCUUCAGCACCAUGCACACCGAGGGUUAUUAUGUUUCUCUACUCGCUAAACAUUUAUUUUCUGUUAUCAGAUGUGAGGACCAACAGUGUAAUCCUGCUGUACAAACAAGAAGAAAGUCACAGCCCAGUUGUCUGAGACACUGAGCUCAUGUAAUACUGUUGUAUUGUUUGCUGAGAGUUACGAAAUCAUACCGGUUUAUAUGAAAAUGCAUAUGGAGAGUAUUUGUGAAAAAACACGAAAGCUUUUGAUUGUGAACCUUAGGCUAAACUAUUGUAUGAAAACUGGAUCUUGACGUUUUAAAAGAACUUAACCACAGUAUGCUAAAAUUAAAUUGGUGACACUCCUGCCUAGACCGCAGUACAGUAGAACAAAUAGUAGCACUGUAUGCAGACACCUAAUGACCAUGUAUAGUAAGCAUUUUGUGCAGAAUGAGAACGCUGCUUGUGACCAAUUUGCUUAUUAACUGCAGCGGCACAAUUACAAAGCUGACUACUCCAGCUAAUACUGCACCAUAAAAUCUAUUGAAGGUCCUUUGUGGGUUUUUUAAACAUAAAGUGUGUCUGCAUAAACAGAUGCUUGGCUUAAACUGAAAACAUCUGCCCGUCUUAAACUCGCUGGAACUCUUUCAAAUUACCUGAUAGCUUGGGGAGCAGCAUGGGUUUUAGGAUCUCUAAUGCAUUUUAAUCACAUCCAAAUGGCCUGUCUUUUAGAGCCCCGGUUCACAGGAUGUCCCAGCUAGAUGUCCCAGCUCAGUCCAGGAGGAGGUCAAGUGGCUGUCAUUGCUUUGUACUGUACCACAUGCAUGCGGUUAAAUGGCUGCUCACAGAAUAGUGUUAACCCAUUAUAUUGCACGUCUCACCACUGUUCACAGCUGAACUCACAUCACGUGUGCAAAGAGUCUAAUCUUUUAACAUCGGCUUUGUUAUUGUGGUUGUAUAAUGAUGUGCUGGGAUAAUUUUCCAUUAUUGUGUUUAGUGAUGCUAGACUUGCAUUAAAUAAAGUGUAUCUUGUUAUCUGCUGUGUUAGCUGGCAUGUUGACAUGCAUCUCUGCUCUCUAAUCGGAUGUGAGUUUUUCUUUGGAGUUUGAGGCCCCAAUCGCUUUAUUCUUGUGAUGCAGGCUCUUCCUCCAGAGUACACAGCCCUAAUACAACCUCCCCUCAGACCCUCUCACACAGCCCUAAUACAACCUCCCCUCAGACCCUCUCACACAGCCCUAAUACAACCUCCCCUUCAGACCCUCUCACACAGCCCUAAUACAACCUCCCCUCAGACCCUCUCACACAGCCCUAAUACAACCUACUCUGAGACCCUCUCACACAGCCCUAAUACGACCUCCCCCCAGAACCUCUCACACAGCCCUAAUACAACCUACUCUGAGACCCUCUCACACAGCCCUAAUACAACCUCCCCUCAGACCCUCUCACACAGCCCUAAUACAACCUCCCCUCAGACCCUCUCACACAGCCCUAAUACAACCUCCCCUCAGACACUCUCACACAGCCCUAAUACAACCUACUCUGAGACCCUCUCACACAGCCCUAAUACAACCUCCCCUCAGACCCUCUCACACAGCCCUAAUACAACCUCCCCUCAGACCCUCUCACACAGCCCUAAUACAACCUCCCCUCAGACCCUCUCACACAGCCCUAAUACAACCUCCCCUCAGACCCUCUCACACAGCCCUAAUACAACCUCCCCUCAGACACUCUCACACAGCCCUAAUACAACCUCCCCUCAGACACUCUCACACAGCCCUAAUACAACCUCCCCUCAGACACUCUCACACAGCCCUAAUACAACCUCCCCUCAGACACUCUCACACAGCCCUAAUACAACCUCCCCUCAGACCCUCUCACACAGCCCUAAUACAACCUCCCCUCAGACACUCUCACACAGCCCUAAUACAACCUCCCCUCAGACCCUCUCACACAGCCCUAAUGCAACUCAGAGUGGCCUCCUGAGGAACAGCAACAUUAAAUAUUAACAUAAUGUGUUUAGUCGUUUUUUUUAUUUCAAACUGCAGGUUUGUCAGCAUCUUGUGUACUCUUUCUCAAGAUUCAGUCCGUGUGGAGAUGUCUUCCCUGGAGAUGUGUUCCUUUCAAAGGCUUUAUGUAGCCCUGUGCCGUUGGAAUAAUUUAGGUAUGUUUUUCUUAUGUUCUUUCUGUGUUAAUAUUGACAACAUUUUCACUGUGAUUUAAAAAAACAAAUGGAGCAUUAUAAGUGCAUUUAGGUAUUGCUUACUGUACCUUGAAGUGCAAAAUGUAUCCGUCGGAGAAGUGAAGAUUGUUUGGGUGUGUUGGUUGGGUAUACGUCAUUGCUGACACAAAUGUUGAUGCAUGUGUUUCUCAUUAGGCCCUGUAUUUCGUCUGUCAAAAUCUUUCCUUUUUAUCUCAAAUUACACCCAUAUUGAAGAAUGCACAAUCCUUAUUUUCGAUAACUGCUGUGCUUCAGAGAAAGGUAAUUGUAGAUGAUUACAGGAACAUGUAAAAGCAUUUUGUGGAUUGUACUUUUGCUAUUGUCUCAGUUUAGUUUACAUGUCUGAUGUCACUAUUACUCCUUUAAAUGAACUUGACCUUACUCUUUGAGGAAUGGCAUGUGUGUGCUAUGUGCAUCCUACCCAAUUAGGCCAGAGGCACUGGAGCAGUAGAAACUAACACUCCCACAGCAUCCUCCAGGAAUUGAGCCUGACACUACUGCCUUUCUUGAAUCUAUAUUUGGGCCAUGUGUGUGGAUCUGUGUCACUCAAGAGCACAGGCCCAAUCUACAGUAGAGAAAGUAGAGUGAGCUCUGGGCCUGUGGGCUGCGUGUGCCAAGGCACAAAAGGAGCUCCCUCCCAGCAGGCACAGCCGUACCAACCAGGCCCUGGGCAGACUUUUAUGAUACCUUUCAAUCAGCAGCUGAUUCCCAUCUGAAAUGACAGGUGAUUUGACUCAGCCUCCAAUUAAUGGCCUCAUUUGAACAAUUAAGAGCAGGAGGAGGAAGGGAAAAUCUCAUGUACUGACUACUGAAUGAAGGCUGGAGGCGUAGUGAUGAUAGCCUGAUAGUAGAAAAACACUGCUAUCUCAUCAUCAUCACAGUCCCCCUCACUGAACGUAACUGAUGCCCAUGGUAUCUUCCCAGGUUGGGGGGCCCUAACACUCUACCAGGUGUUGUCCCGUACUCUAGUUGGGUCCCAGACCUCUGUAAGGGGUGGGUAAGGGAAAUGGAGGAUGGGUAGGGAGGGAAGUUGAAUUUAGUUUGGGGUCGGCAAACAUGGCAGGGGAUGAUGGAUGACAUCAAACUCGCCUUGGCCCCCAUCCCCUCCCCUCCUGUCUUCACAGCGUAGAGGAAAUUAAAGAGCUGUGUAGCAGAAGAAGGAGGGGGGAGUAGGGGGUGAUUUAGAGUGUGGCGCAGGGGGAUGGGGACCUGGCGCAUUGGAGUUAAUUACUGAAUAAUGAGGAACAAUUUAUUGUGUUCUUGUUAGAGACAUCAAAACGCUGGAUGCUGCCUACAGAAAAAGAGCCUCUCGCUUUAUACGUCCCACUAAAUGCAGUAUUUAACUUGGAGUCAUUAAAGAGGCACUGCCUUGCCUCGUUCCAGUCAGCAGUGGAGAGCAGCUUCCCAGGGCUUAUGAAGGAACAGCUAACACUGUCCUAACGCCAGGUACCUCCUAAGUGCCUCUCCUCUGGAGAAUGUGUUCAAAGAAAUAAUGAGAAUUGCAUUAGCUGCAGAUCGAUCUCUCCCGUAUCUUCCAUUCUUCUGCUGAUGAGCAUGGCAUAACUACUCCUAUUCACCUUUCAACCCCUGCAAAUAUACACAGACCUACUGUAAAAGGGCUUGUGAUUCCCCUCAGGGAAUGCGCUUGUUGUCAUGUUCAUGACUGUUACGGAAUCCAGAUGCCUUUGGUUUUAAGUUUAAAUGUCAUGGAGCAGUUUUAGACAUACUGUCAUCCAGUUCGGAAAGAACAAAUGUAUCAUAAAAAACAUCUGAGUAUAGCUGCUACUGUACAUUGAAAUCACGUCUUCCACCAUAUCUUGAGUACAGUAUAUCAUACUCAUUAGAAGACAAGCUAGCUGUUAAAUGGUUAUCCAAUUUGCACAGAGCAUAAUACAUGCACCUUGAUGAUGUAUUCUAUAGAGCAGUGGUUCCUAACUCCGGUUCUCCAGUACCCACAAGAGUACACAUUUUGGUUGAAGCCCCAGACAAACACACUAAAUUCAACUUGUCACGGGGUUGAUGAUUAGUUGACAAGUAGAAUCAGCUGUGCUUGUCCGUGGUGUCAGAUGUGGUGUUAGAUGUGGUGUGUGAAGCAGACACACUCUUUGAUGUGUUAAAUAUGAGAUCUGACCACAGAACAAAGCAGCUGUCAGACACAGACUGUUGUCAGAGGCAAUCCACGCCAAUUAUUAUUGAGUAUCUGUCAUGCAUGAU